AUGUUUCUGCGCAGGCGUUCGAAAAUUUAUGUUGUUUUCGUGUUGUGAUUGAAAUGUCCGACAAUGCAAAUUGACUUGUAAUUUGUGUAGUAAAUGUUAAUAGUAAUCGAUCGUUUUGCCAAUGGAGCAAAGAGCGAACCAAACCACCCCGCUGUGGAAUAAGUCUACAACACAAGGUCGUCUACGGCCUCCAAAGCUGAAUAAUUCCACGGAAGCCGUUGCCAAACGGGAUUCUUCAAACUCCCAGCCGGACUCUGUCGUCGCCAACUCAACAUUAAAAGCAGAUGCACCGGAAUUUUACCCUGCCGGUUACAAUAGAUCUGAAGUCUCCGAACCAGUCAAUUACUUUCCCAAAAAUGUCCACAUAACUGUAAGCGACCCCGCGUCAAUUGUGAAACACAGCGCCCAAAACAGAUUGAAUAAGUACAAGCAAAACUCGAUUGGAUCGAGUUAUGUAGAAUAUAAUGGACACUGCGAUGAUGAUUCGCCAGAUAUGAUUCGGCUGAAACAAAUCAUAUCGAGUUUAAAACUAUAUCCUGGUCAGUUUGAUGAUCUGUUGAUGGUUUUUAUGGAAACUAUUUAUCCUUACUUUAACGAUAUUAUUGCUAUGUCUGAAAUUGUCAAACUCCUAGUUUCUGAGGCAAUAGAAUCAGCCAAUUUCCGAUACAACAGUGCGAGACUCUGCUGGUAUGUAGAACAAAAAUGCGCCGAAUUUAGGGCAGAACUACAUAUGAGGUGUAAGAAAGAGUUGCAGGAAAAUCCCAAUCAGCAAAAUGUGUUAUUGUUUCUUGCCGAAUUAUACACUCAACUCCCACACUCUACUUUAUAUGGUACACUUUUGAUAGAUUCUUUGAAAAGGUUGUUGGAGAGUGGAGGAAAUGAUAAUGUAAAGUGUGUGGCUCAAGCUUUGAAGUUAACCGGAUACUCCCUUGACCAAACAAGCAGAACAGAGCUGGAUGAAGUCUUUUCUCAGCUUAGAUUUAUCAAAAAUUCCUUGAGUGGUUCGACUUUGAUGCUUUUAAAUUCAGUGAUUAAUUUGAGAGAGUCGAACUGGGGACGUAUGACAAGUGAAACUUCGUCAGAUUCCUCUGAAUUUGAUGAACCACAUUAUGAUGAAAUUUUGAAUGGCGUUAUGUAUGAAACAGAGGGUCAGGUUUUAACGAAUGAAGAACGAGAAUUUCUGAUGGCAAAUGCCACCCAUGACGAAUAUAUUAUCGACAAUGAAGACCCGGACGCCCUUUGCGAUCCAGAACCUGAAAUGGACGAAGAAAUUCGAGCUGCUUUCAGUGAAUUUGUUAAACUUAGUAAAGGAUAGUCGCCUAAAAAAGUAAUAUAAACCUUGUCCUAAAUUAUUUUUUAUUCAGUAGUUUUAUUUUUAUUGUGUAAUGAAAUUAAUGUUGGCUUUCGUUUUUGUUAGUUUUUUACAUAUUCAGUAAAUGUUCUCGUUGAAGCUGUAGUUUUUGGGCGGAUUGUAUUGAUUGAUGAUACCUUGAAUGAUUAAUAUUGUGGUUGUAAUGUAAUAAAAAUAGACUCCAAA